UAAAGUUCCAAAUGCCACAGCCGUUUACACAUUUAGUUUAUCGGUGUUUUUCGAAGCGUUUGUGAUAUUACUUUCAGCAUUGUUCCAGAGUUUCACCAGAUCAGUGUACAGAGCGCUCUACCUGUAGGGAAUGUUACCGGUGUGUAGGGGACUCCGUUUGGAACACGCCCUGCUGCUGUGAAAGGUGGCGAUAGAGAGACCCCGGACCAUCCCCAGCACAGACUUCACCUGGGAACAAGCGAUCCGAUGCAGCGGGAGACUGGAACCCCGAACAUACCCACCGAUGAGAUCAGGAAGAGUUUUACCCGCACACUUUGGCUCGUCCCGGGGACGUGUGUCUCUCUCUGUCUGCGUCUCGGAGCACCUGGAUCUGCGGGGAGCGCGUUGCAGUGAGGAGCUCACUGAGUACCGAGUAGGACCACCGCGGGCACCAUGAGCAGGAAGACGCGUCGAUGGAUUUUCCAUUUUUUCAUGUGCCUUGGGAUUGUCUAUUUGAAAAUUGGGGGUCUGUCGUCCGUGGUGGCACUGGGAGCGAGCAUCAUAUGUAACAAGAUCCCGGGUCUGGCCCCUCGUCAAAGGACUAUAUGCCAGAGCCGUCCCGAUGCUAUCAUCGUGAUCGGAGAAGGAGCGCAGAUGGGCAUCAAUGAGUGCCAGUUUCAGUUCAAACACGGACGAUGGAAUUGCUCGGCCCUUGGCGAAAGAACGGUGUUUGGAAAAGAACUGAAAGUGGGGAGCAAAGAGGCGGCGUUCACCUACGCCAUCAUCGCGGCGGGCGUGGCCCACGCCAUCACGGCGGCCUGCACCCAGGGCUCGCUGAGCGGCUGCGGCUGCGACCAGGACAAGCAGGGCUUCCACAGCCAGCAGCAGGAGGGCUGGAAGUGGGGUGGCUGCUCGGCCGACGUGCGCUACGGCCUGGGCUUCUCCAAGGUGUUCGUGGACGCGCGCGAGAUCAAGCAGAACGCCCGCACCCUCAUGAACCUGCACAACAACGAAGUGGGCCGCAAGGUGCUGGAGAAGGGCAUGCGUCUGGAGUGCAAGUGCCACGGUGUGUCGGGCUCCUGCACCACCAAGACCUGCUGGACCACGCUGCCCAAGUUCCGGCAGCUGGGCUUCCUGCUGAAGGACAAGUACGGCACGGCGGCGCACGUGGAGCCGGUGCGCGCCAGCCGCAACAAGCGGCCCACCUUCCUGAAGAUGAAGAAGCCGCACUCGUUCCGCAAGCCCACCGACGGCGAGCUGGUGUACAUCGAGCGCUCGCCCAACUACUGCGAGGCGGACCCGCGCACGGGCAGCGCCGGCACGCAGGGCCGCCUGUGCAACAAGACGGCGCCGCAGUCGGACAGCUGCGACCUGCUGUGCUGCGGCCGUGGCUACAACACGCACCAGUACUCGCGGGUCUGGCAGUGCAACUGCAAGUUCCUGUGGUGCUGCCACGUCAAGUGCAACACGUGCAGCGAGAGGACGCAGAUGUACACGUGCAAGUGAGGGGACACCGAGGUACGGAUCGGGGACGCCGUGGUCUUCACGGGGCCGUGGAGGUUAGGGUGGUGGUGGUGGUGUGGUUUUGCUGUGGUGGGACACACGGCCCUGG